AUGGGUUCAAAGUUAUUUAAACCGCUAAUUAACGACCAAAAACAGCAGCAAGUGACCUUGGAAGAGGCCACGAAGCAGGCAACUCUGAGUGCGGAUGACAUUCCUUCGUUGAAUAUCAUUCCACACGUUAUCUAUGCGACUCUAUCGGCACAUGUAUACAACAAUGUGCAACACACUACACCCCUCCCAGAUGGGUGGGGAGUCUUUCGGACGUGCGCCAGUUACAAUUUGGACCGGGAGGGUUUUUUUGCCAUUGCGUAUUUGCACUAUGGCUACAGACAAUGUGUCAUUGCCGAACGCGGGACGUCAGAGGUUCUAGGGCUGCGCGCGGGGGUGUGGGUGUACUUUGAGAAGCCGACGAUUCAGUUCUACCUAGCGGAGCAAUUUUCGAAGCAGGUUCGGGUGGAUCUUUCGAUGGUGUACGGCGACGAUAGGUGGCACGUGAGCUACACGGGGCAUAGCCUAGGUGCCGUCAUUGCAUCCCAUCGCGCGGUAGAGGAAAAUACCUUUGCUGUCACGUUUGAAUCUCCAGGGGCGCAGGAGUUCAUCAAUAAAAUCAGCAAGUACCAUACCAUGAAUACGAAUAUUGUUACCUAUUUGCGUGGACCUAAUCCGAUUAACACACUGCGGCCGCAUUGUGGUUAUUUGCUGACGAUUCCUACACCUCCGGUUCAGCUCGGCGGUUCGUCUUUGAUCUUAUUUUCCCCACCAAAUAGCGACAUGACUGAACUCUCUGAUGAGGAAAAAAGUAGCACACUUACGGAUAUAAAACAACAGCCUGCAGCCCCCCCUUUAUCCGGAGGGUCUACCGUGUCAACGGGGGUUAUACAAUCCGUAGAUCGCGUAGCGGCUUCUUCUUCAGCAGCGCCUGCUGCUAUGCCCGUUGCGCCUUCUCAUGCGGCACACGUUUCUGCAACGCGUCUUUUUAUGAACUCCACGUCACGUUUCCGAAUUCCCUCGGUACGACCACAAGAGUACCUGCGGGACUAUAUGCUGAGUGGUGUCGGACUUGGCAUACCGGAAUUGCAACAGUACGUGAGUAAAGUAGAACCUAUGGUACGUGUCAUGCUCGAACGUACCCAGCAGGUGCAUGCCGUGCAGAAUAUUUUGGAGUACUUUUUAAAAGGCGACAGAAGAAACGACAAGGAGAUCCUUCGAUGGCCAGAGCAUUUGAUGCAAUUUAUGGAGUAUUGUAACACCACACGUGCUUUGGAAGACCCAGACAACCAGAAACUUCACGUUAAAUCGGCAUAUCGAGGAUUGCUUCAGCAUUUGUAUCAAGUGCGUCCUCGUCGACGAGAUCGUAUCGCAAUUGAUUAUGUUAACCAGGAAUCAGUAAAGUUAGUGAGGUUAUGGUGGGCAUGGGAGCCAGCGAAGCGUAUUAAUCUUCCAUUUACGUUAAUAGAGCACAAGGCGCUGAACAGCAUCAAAAUCAAGGACUCAUUCUUGAUUUCAAACGUGCCUGCCUUUUCAGCGUUGAAGGCCAAGCAAUUCUUGGCGACGUUAGUAGCUCGUUCAGACAUAAAGGCUAUUCUAGCGUCCACCAUACUAACGAGCAAAGGCUCUGAUGUAGUGAUAAGCAAGUUGUAG